UCUAUUUGUGUCAAUGUAAGAAACUUAUAAGUCGUUGGGUUGGCUUCAGUUGAAUUAUAGUUGUACACAAAGAUUAUCAACUCGACUGUACUACUAUGUAACAAAAUCACCAAAAUUUGGAAGGUGUCUGAUCAGAUGGCACAUUAUACACAUUAUACGUGCACAUGUGGUUAUUGUUUUCACGUGUUUUCAACAUCAUGAUUUUAUAACAAUACUAAUUGUGUUGGAAGCUAUAUAAUUCGUAUAUUUUUGACCAAGUGAUAUUUAUUCUCUAUUUCACGAGUAAUAUCAAAAAGAAAACAUGGAUUUGUUUAUUAUGAGAAGGUUUGGGGAAGAGAGUGAAAAAGAACCAGUUAAUCAAGAAGAUCAUCUCUCUUCAUUAUUAGAAAAGAUUGAGGAACGAAAAAAGAAGCGAGAGAAGUUAAAUGAGCUUCAAAAGCAAAGAGAAGAAGCUCCCUCAGAAGAAAAGAGGCAAGUAAUUAAACAUGUUCAUGUUAAUGAAAAAGAAAAGAAGAGGAAAGAUAAGCGGAAACACAAAACUGAAAACAAUGAAGCACUUUUAAAUGAUACUAGUGAAAAGUCAGAGAGUGGUAUUGAAAGCCCUACAAAAAAGAAAAAGAAAAAGAGAAAAAAUGUAGAACUUGGUAAUGAUGGACCGUUGGAUGAACUUGAAAUUAAAAAAACAGAAGAUGCCUGUACUAAAGUACAAUCUAAAGUUCCACAAAGCUUUACCAUUAUAGGGACAGAUAAGUUCUCAAAGAAAUCGAAGGUUAAACGUGUUUUGCCCUAUUGGCUUGCACAUCCUAAUGUUGUAUCAGGAAGUAUGACAGAUAUCAGCAAAACUAUUUAUGACAUACCAAGUUUAGAUAAAGAUCUUGUGAAACGACUGGAAGAAAACAACAUCAAAUACUUUUUCCCAGUGCAAAGUAAAGUCAUUCCAUGGCUUUUAGAAGCUCACAGAAAACCUUUGCAGUACAGACCCAAUGAUGUGUGUAUAUCAGCACCUACUGGCAGUGGGAAGACAUUGGCAUUUGUUUUACCUGUUAUUCAGGCCUUGAAAUCCCGAGUAAUGCGACAUGUGAGGGCUCUUGUUGUGUUACCUGUACGUGAUCUCGCUCUCCAGAUUUUUGAUGUAUUUAAAGAGUAUUGUAAAGAAACUGACCUGAAAGUUAUUCUUUUAACUGGACACUCAUCUUUUGUUAAAGAGCAGCAAGAACUUGUUAAAACAAGCUCCAUCAUUGGACAAUACAAUGCCGUGGACAUUGUUGUGACAACUCCUGGUCGGUUAGUAGAACACUUAAUAGACACACCAGGUUUUUCUCUGAAGUUCCUUCAAUUUUUGAUUAUAGAUGAAGCUGAUAGAGUUGUGGAUAAUAUUCAGAAUGAUUGGUUGCAUCAUGUUGAAAAGCACGUAUCUAGUGAUAUUACAGGAAAACAGACAGCACUGAGUAGCUUGUCAUUACAAGCAAUGAUUCCAUCUCCUCCUCAAAAGCUUCUAUUCUCAGCAACUUUAACUCAGGAUCCAGAAAAAUUGGAAAAAUUAGGACUGUUCCAACCAAAGCUUUUUACAACUAUCGUUGGAGAGAGGGAUGCAGAUGUGCAAGAAUCUACUACUGAGGUUCGUGGAGACUUUGUUGGGAAGUAUACUACUCCUGCUGAGUUGACUGAAAAAUGUUGUGUAGUUGAUCCAGAACUCAAACCUCUUGUUUUGUAUCACUUGAUAUCCAAUGAAAAUUGGAAGAACGUUUUGUGUUUUACAAAUUCACAAAAAAAUACCCAUCGUUUAGCUUUGUUGUUGAGAUAUUUAGGUGGAGGUUCCUUAAAUGUUGGUGAAAUAUCAGGAGCAUUGAGGCGAGAUCUCAGAGAUAAGACAAUACAGAGAUUUUCUUCUGGAAAAUUAAAUGUACUUGUAAGCUCAGAUGCACUGGCAAGAGGAAUUGAUAUACCAGAUGUGGAUUACGUUGUUUCGUAUGAUGUGCCAAAGUUUGUCAAAACACACAUUCACCGGAUUGGGCGUACUGCAAGAGCUGGAAGAAAAGGAACUGCCGUUACAUUUCUCGAGAAAAAAGAGGUGAACAAAUUUAAAGUUAUGUUACAAACUGCAAGUAAAGAAAAUGGUGUCGAAGACUUCUCUGUGACACAUUCUGAUUUGGAAUAUUUAGAAAAUGAUUACAAGAAUGCUCUCACAGCUCUUCAACAAAAUCUCCAAAAAGAAGAGGAGCUAGAAACCAAGAAGUUGAGGCGCCUCAGAACCUUUCGGCCGAAAUCAUUGAACAUUCAAAAUAUACAACGCAAAACAAAAAUAGGCAAAACAAAAAGUUUGAAAGUUAAAGGCAAAAAAGAAAAUUAAAUAUACAUAAUUGUAAAUGUUUGUUAAACUAUCAGAGUUGUAUAAUCUAUUUAUUGAAUUACAAAUGUAAUUGUUUAUGUAUAAAAUAAUUGUAAUUUUAUUU